AUGACUACCAGUCAUCAGCAGGUCAAGAGACCAAGAAAGAUUCCAAAUUAUAGAAUACCGCCAUUUACCAGUGCACCUACUCACCCAUUAGGUGUGAAACCCAGCGGUAAUGCGUUGAUUGAAUCUGCAAGUCAAAAAGACAUCAAAAAUACAAGCAAGAAACUAUUAGGGAAUUUAUCUGUGCUACCUGAAGACCUUUUGAUUGAGCUGAUUUCGUACAUCGAUGAUCCAAAAGAUUUACAAAGCCUUGGAUCAUGCUCGAGAAUCCUGUACGCCUACACUUAUGAUGAAGAAUUAUGGAGAAAAAUAUACACUAAAGAAUACUUAAGGCUCGAGAACGAGCUCGAGAACCCUGAUCAAGAGCGCAUCUCACCAUUCGGUUGUUCUGAAUGGAAAGGUUCCUGGAGGAAAACAUUGCUCAAGUUAGAUGAAGAAGCGCUAAUACAGUGCAAUAACUUGAUAUUCUCUGACACACUUUACAGGCCUUACCAAUGUUCCAAAAUAGACUAUCAGGAGCUCUUCAAAAAAGUUAUCGAGUUUGAGAAGUCCUCUUAUGAUUUGGGGACAACUUUAAACCCAGAGUUUGGGGUUCCAAGAUUUCAAGAGGAUGAUUUCAGCAUAUCUACAUUCCACCAAGAGUACAUUCAAAAACCUUUCAUUUUGCAGAAUCAAAAUGCCAAGAAUGAUGAUGGCACACCGAGAUGGCCCAGAUGGACUUUGGAUGACUUGUUAAAGAGGUUCCCUCAUGAGCUAUUCCGUCAAGAGGCGGUAAAAUGGGACCUUUCUCUUUAUGCUCGCUAUUUCAAGGCAAACAGAGACGAGUCACCAUUGUACUUAUUUGAUUGUAACAGUUCUGCAAUCAAAGUCAUUAGUAAAGAAUACAAACCUCCUGCCAUCUACCAGGAUGACUACUUUAAGUUGUUCCAAGAAAAUGGAGUCAAAUGCAGACCGGACCAUAGAUGGCUUAUCGCUGGUCCAGCAAGAAGCGGAUCCACCUUCCAUAAAGAUCCUAACCACACAUCCGCUUGGAAUACCGGGUUGUGUGGCAUGAAGCUUUGGGUAAUGCUACCGCCAGGUGAGAAUCCACCAGGUGUCAUGACGGAUAAAGAGGAAGAAGAAGUCACGUCUCCUGUGGGGAUUGCAGAGUGGAUAAUUUCUGGUUACUAUAACGAUGCUGUCAGACUAGCACAAGAGGGGAGAUGCCAAAUCUGUGUGACUUUCCCUGGGGAAUGUAUCUAUGUUCCAUCUGGAUGGUGGCACUCUGUCAUCAAUUUAACAGACUCGGUAGCAUUGACUGAGAAUUUUGUUCCGGAGCCCAUUGUGCCUAAAGUGAUGAACUUCUUCAAGAACAAGCCCACGCAGAUAUCAGGGUUCCAUCUCAAGGAUUUCCUCCAAUCUGUGAGGACGUAUUUGCAAGAAGAUCGCCAGAACAGCGACAGAAUUGAGAAACUAAGAAGCUUUGUUGAAAACAGCGCGGACUACAAGCUCGACAACGAAGAUUGCGGUGUUCUUGAUACAAAAGAGCUGCAUCCGCCAAUCUAUGAAUUUUUCGUGGAACUCAUAUCGAGUUCAAAGUACGCGGACAAGCUGGAGCAGUUUUCGAACAAGAUGGCUGCUCUAGAACAAGCUGUUUUACAAGAAAAACGCGCCAAUGCCGCUGCGAACGUGCGCGAGUCCGAAGCAUGGAACCAAUUGACGAAACAAGCAUCGGAGUCCUUCUCAUUUGGCUUUUCCUUCGAAUGA